AUGGGGGUGGUUACAAGGGGCAACAGCAGGCAGCGCUGCGCCAGUACAGCCUGGGCCAUGGCUCCAGCGAUAGCGUUAGCCUUGAGCACGCUGCGCAUCUUCCAGACGACACUGGAGGUCGGAGAUGAGCAGGGUGCGGCUGCGCACCAGCGCAUGCAGCAGCGUGUGGAGCAGCUGAUCCAGGAGAUGACUCAGCUGCUCUUUGCUGCCUCGCAGCGGUGGCAGUUCUGGGCCUUUGCUGGUGGCCUGGUCCUGCUCUUUUGGCUCUGCUGGCGGCUCUGGAAGAGAAGCCGUGAUCCAGGAAGCAGCAGCAAGCAGGGCAGCAGCAGAAGCCUUGAGGAGGCGGAGGAGGAGGAGGCGGAAGAGGGGGAAGAACCAUUACAUAUGGACAGGUUUCUGAAUGAGUACAGGUCAUGGGCGCUGCCAAGCAGGCGAAGAAGGUGCAUGGUAGUGGAAGGGCUGGUGAACGAGCUUCUCCGCGUCUGCCAAAUGCUCUCUGGCAAUGGCUUCAUGCCGCAGCUGCAGCCAGCUGUCAGGGUGGGCAGCUUCCGAGAAGGCCGGAAUGCCCGUGGAGGACACCUUGUCUAUCGCCUGCUUGUGCCCCUGAAGCCACCCCGUGGGCACUCCUUCCACCUGGAGCUGGGCACCGAAGGGAAGAUGCUGGUGAGAAACUCCCGCCUGCGGGUGCAACUGGAGUGCACGUGCACCAGGGAGCAGCGGCUGGGGGACAUGCUCUGCUUCCUCCACCACCCUGAGGACGAGCUGAUGAGCACUCAGGAAGCCAGCCUCCUACAGACCCUCUGCACGGGCUCCUACCUCGACGUGCAGAAAACCGCCUUCUGGCUCCAGGAGCUGAUAACAGCAGCCUGUGCUGCUGUGCCUCAGGCGGCCAAACGCCGCCAGGUGGCGGUGCUGGCCUCCACACCACUCUGCGUGCUGCCCUCCACACGCUUCUGCAAGCUCAAGCUGACCAACGCCUUCAGGAGAUCCUUCUUCAUUGAGCUGAUCUUGGCCGUGCAGCAAGGCAACUCGCACACGUUUGUGUCCAUGGAGUAA